CCGGUUGGUAUUCUGAAACCGCUCUGUAGGUGCCUGAAUGAAUGUUGGCUGCUUCCUGCCCCGGAUUCCACUCCCAUCUAUAUAUAGAGCGAUACGUAGUGUUAUGCCCUGCACGGUUAGCUUUUCAUGAAGGCCACAUUCAAUCUAUCGCAUAGCAUUAGCAGGUGCUGCUGUCAUCGCGCGGAGGGGAGGUUCCACGUGAUCCCCGUUCUCGGUCGCUUACUCUGUGCUAUGCUGACAUAAGCGGCCCAGGGUCCACAGGAAAUUUUCGCCUUCUCAUUAUCCCACAACCAUCACAACGGCCAAGUGUGAAACUUCUGCCCGUCGAGACCCCCGACUCUCUACCGGCUAUCAUCAUCGGGAAAGGCCCUGCACUCGUCUGUGCAUCGUUGAGGCCUACAUCAACCCAAUUUUCGUCGAGGAACUGCGUCCAUCGAAACGCAAACGAGCCCAACCUUCCUCGAGUGGCCAGAUUAUCCUCAGUCUUCUUAAGUCAGGGAGAGCUUGCCCAGCAUGCCGCCUAUACCUCACGUUAGGCCUGAGAAUGUUCUCAGGCGAGCCGAAGAGCUCAUUGCCGUGGGCCAGCCCGCCGCAGCCUUGUCCGUCCUUCACGAACAUGUCACCUCGAAACGAUCUCGCAGCAGCCCAAUUGCAUCUCUUGAACCGGUGAUGCUUCUUUUCGUUGAACUAUGCGUCGACUUAAGGAAAGGGAAAUCUGCGAAAGAUGGCUUGUAUCAAUAUAAGAAUAUUGCGCAAAAUACAAACGUGGGAACCAUUGAGAUGGUUCUGAAAAAAUUCAUUGAGCUUGCUGAACAAAAAGUCACCGAAGCCCAAGCCAAAGCUGAUGAGAUCCAAUCCUCACUCGAAUCAGCUGCCCCAACUUCCAAUGUCGAGGAUCUUGAUGCUAUUGAGACUCCAGAGACAAUUCUUCUUGCCACGGUAUCGGGUGAACAGUCUCGCGACCGCACGGACCGGGCCGUUGUUACCCCGUGGUUGAAAUUUCUCUGGGAAACUUACAGAACCGUCCUAGAAAUCCUGAAAAACAAUGCGCGACUCGAGGUCAUGUAUCAGGCCACCGCACUACAGGCUUUCCAAUUUUGCUUGAAAUACACCCGCAAGACUGAAUUCCGUCGCUUGUGUGAGCUCCUCAGAAACCACGUUCAAAAUGCUGCCAAGUACUCAGCUCAGAUGCACGCCAUCAACCUAAGCGAUCCAGACACACUUCAGCGCCAUCUGGAUACACGCUUCCAGCAGUUGAAUGUUGCGGUCGAGUUGGAACUCUGGCAGGAGGGCUUCCGCAGUGUUGAAGAUAUCCACACUCUCCUUAACCUUAGCAAGCGACAGCCCAAGAAUAUCAUGAUGGCAAACUACUAUGAGAAGCUUACAAAGAUCUUUAUGGUCAGCGACAAUUACCUGUUCCAUGCUGCUGCCUGGAACCGCUACUAUAACCUGUUGCGACAAUCCGCCAUCGCCCUCGCUGCAGGACAGGGAUCUAAGAAGGAUAGCCCAUCAGUUACCGAAGCCGAUAUGACCAAAGCCGCUUCUUUCGUCCUCCUUUCAGCCCUUUCAAUCCCUGUCAUCAGUACUUCGCGAUCCCGUGGUGCCUUGGUCGACGUAGACGAGGUGCGAAAGAACAAGAAUACCCGCCUCACCAACCUUCUGGGCAUGCCUCAGCCCCCCACUCGAGCGUCAUUAUUCAAGGACGCUCUUAACAAGGGCCUCCUUAGCCGCUGCCGCCCUGAAAUCCGGGAUCUUUACAAUAUCCUCGAGGUCGACUUCCAUCCUUUGUCGAUUUGCAAGAAGAUCUCUCCUAUUCUCAAGGAAAUCGGCGCCGAUCCUGAGAUGGAGAAGUACGUUUUGCCCUUGCAGCAAGUUAUCCUUACUAGGCUGUUCCAACAAUUGUCUCAAGUUUAUGAAUCUGUUGAGCUUAAAUUCGUCCAUGAACUUGCGCAUUUCCCAGAGCCUUUCCAAGUCACCUCGUCCAUGAUUGAGAAAUUCAUCAUGAAUGGCUGCAAGAAGGGAGAUUUGGCAAUUCGUGUUGAUCACGUGUCAGGUGUUUUGACGUUCGAAUCGGAUAUUUUCUCUUCUGCUAAGGCUCUUCACCCAGGAAGUGCCGCUGGGUCUGCGGAAAGUGAAGUUGGUUCUGUCCAACGUCUGCAAAGCACUCCAGCAGAGAUUGCCAGAUCUCAACUUGCCCGCUUGGCUAAAACUCUUCACGUUACCUGCAUGUAUGUUGAUCCAUCCUACAAUCAAGCACGGAUCAAGGCCAAGGAAGCUGCACAUGCAAGAGCUCGCGCAGGAGCAGCAAAAGAGCACGAGGAGACGCUCACUCGCCGUGCCAUCAUUGAGAAGCGGAAGGAGGCAUUGUCAGAUGCCUUACAGAAGAAGCAGCGUGAAGAAGAGAAUCGAAAGCGUGCGCGCAACCAACAGCUUCAAGAGGCUGAGCAACAGCGUCUUUUGGAUGAGCAUCGUGAACGUGAGCGCAAGAGAAUGAAGGAUGAACAGGAUCGUAUUCGCCAGCAAGAAUUGAAGAAGCAAUUGGAGGAACUCAAGACCGGAGUCAAGGGGAUUGACGUGAACCAGAUCGACCUUGAAGAACUCGACUCCAAUCGCCUUCGUGCCAUUAAACUCGCCCAACUCGAGAAGGAAAAGAAUGAUCUAAAUGAGAAGAUCAGAAUUACUUCCAAGCGCAUCGAUCACUUGGAGCGAGCUUUCCGCCGAGAAGAACUGAAGCAUUUGCCGGAAGAUUACGAAACACAGAAGAAGCAAGACCUCGAAACUUACGAGCAAACCAAGGAAGAGACUUUGAAAGCAGCUCGUCAGAAGCACAAGGAAGACGUCGCACUUAAGCACCGCCUGAGUCGCUUGGUGCCAUACUUCAAUGACUUCAAGAAGAGUGUGACGGAGAAGAGACAUGAAGAGUUCGAGCGCCGUCGCAAGGCUGCUGACAGAGAAUUUGAGCAGAAGAAGAAACAACGUAUCAAGGAGGUUCACGAACGCAUUCGACGUGAAAGGGCGGAACGCGAGGCGGAGGAGCAGAGAAGACGCGAAGAAGAAGAGCGUAUUGCGCGCGAAGAGCAAGAGAGAAUCGCCAAGGAAGAGGAGAGGCGACGCGCUUUGGCAGAAGAGAAGGCUGCUAGAGAAGAACAAAGAAGGCAAGUAUUCAUUCGUUUUCAUAUUCGGGCUUCUCUAACAAAGAAAACAGAAAACUCGAUGAGCAGGCUAUCCGUCAAAGGCAACGUGAGGAGGAGGCUGAGCAGCGACGAGCUGCCCGAAAGGCUGGCCUUGCAGAACCGAGAGGCCCAGCGCGCGAAGCAUCUCCCGAACGAACUGCACCGCGUCUUAACCUUGCUGGCCGAACUGGAACUUCAUGGAGAGAUCGUCAAGCCGCCAAAGCUGCUGCCAGUGCCGGCGAGCAACCGGCCGCAGCCCAAGAGGCCACGCCAGCACCCCCGGCGAAAGCGGGCAGCUACCUCCCUCCACAUUUACGGGCAACCCGCGAUGGGCCUUCUGAUAGCCGUGAUCUUUCCCAUGCUCGGGAAUCCGCUGCUCCGCCUAGACAAUUUUCUAGAAGCCCUGUGCCUCCCUCUGGCGCUCCCUCUUCCCAGGAAAAGCCUGGCCCAUGGAGACCAAGAUUCAAACAACAGCAGUAGGUGCUACGUAAGUACGGUUAGUGGGUUGGUAUAGUAUCGGUGGAGGUUUAGGGAAACGUCUUGAUCUCUUUGCAUCACGUUAUGAUCCCUAUUUUUGGAGAGUUCCGUUUAACUACAUAUAUUCGGUGGCUUCCUACCUAUCUAUGUUUCGUCCUCUUUGGCCCUCUAUCCCUUCCGAGAAUUCGGUCAGGGUGAUUGAUUUCCAUGCUUUAUUUUGCAGAUCAAAAGUGCAUAUUGCUUGUGCUUUAAAUUCAAUUUAAUAUCCAAAUUCUAUCCCUUUCCCUCUUCUCGUCUCUUGUGCCGUUGUUUCCCUUACCUCUCGGCACCGUUCGCAUGUCGGCAUUUUACAAGGCUUCUUCAGAGCAUGUACGCAUAUGUAUGAUGCUUUAUGUAUGAGGCAUGUUUUCUUGCAUAGGCCCAUCCCCCCAUCUCCCCAAGCCUGUCGUGUUUGUUUCAUGCGUGGUCCAGUUACUUGUUUUCGGAAUAGUUUGGGAAGAAGAGUGUGAUGACGAUGGAUGAUGAUUGAGGCAUGGAGGGUUUCCUUUUGUUUUGUUUUGCCCUGGAUUUGCAGUUUGCCUUGAAGUUUUCUUCGUUAUGGCCCAAGUUUUUAUGUAGAAUGAAGAGAAUGAGAAAUGAGUUUUUAUUCAGGAUUAG